UCGGGAGUCGGAUUGUUUUGGUUGUUGCACACUAUCCCGGAAGUAGUCCUUGACCAUGCUGAAAAUAUACUCACGUCGAUUGAAGAACAAUCUUUUGAAAUAACGUAUCUGGGUUGUCAGGCAGGUUUGACACAUCACAGUCACAAGUAAUGAAACUCAAAGAGUUAGAGAGCUGUUUGCAGCAGGUGGACACGUUUGAAGAGCCGAAAAUACUUCUUGAGCAAUAUCCAACCAGUCCUCAUAUUGCUGCAUGCAUGCUUUAUACAAUAGACAACACGUUUGAUGACAUUGAGGGCAAACUAGUGGCAGAUCUGGGAUGUGGCUGUGGAGUCCUCAGCAUCGGGGCUGCGGUGCUAGAUGCAGGUUUGUGUAUUGGCUUCGAUAUUGAUGACGACGCACUAGACAUAUUCAAAAGAAAUGCAGAAGAAUUCGAGAUUUCUAACUUGGAUCUGAUCCAGUGUGACCUGUGUUCUCUGGAGGCAGAGGCUUAUGCAAAAAAGUUUGACACUGUCAUAAUGAAUCCACCAUUUGGGACCAAACACAACCAAGGCAUGGACAUGAAGUUCUUAAAGGCAGCUUUAACAAUGGCAAAGACAGCAGUGUAUUCCCUCCAUAAAACAUCAACACGAGAGCACAUACAAAAGAAGGCUAAUGACUGGGGAGUGAAGAUGGAAGUAGUAGCAGAACUAAGAUAUGACUUGCCAGCAUCUUACAAGUUCCACAAAAAGAAAUCGGUUGACAUCCAGGUGGACUUCCUACGCUUCUCCACGACCUGAAGCUCUUACUGGAAUGGAUUUAAGUGGCCUCUGCAUUUUCACUGUUUAUAAUAAAUGUUUCAACAAAAAAAAGAAUCCUGGUGCGAUAUUGUGACUAAGAUCCGUUUUCAGUUUUGGGGACCUUUGCUGCGGGACCAUCACUGUCUUCUCUUUCUCUCUUUGGGGCUAAGGGUGCUAGAGGAAAAGUACAAAAUAGAUACGAUAUAAUUCACAUCGUCUUUAAUAUCGACAUCAAUGCAAAAGGUGAAGCUCUGGAAGAUGCUUGACUUACCGUCACCAUCAUCAUCUUCAAAUUUCGUUUUCUUGCCCUUGAAAUGAGUCCUGCCUUGAUCUCUGCCACCUCUUCCCCUUCGGCUGCCUCUUCCUCCUCCUCUGCCGCCUGAUCUUCCUCUUCCUCCUCCUCCUCUCCCGCCAGCUUUUGAAACAAAAUAGGUACAUCAAUACAACAUAAAUACAUUUCAUUAUUGAUGAUUUACAAAUUAGAUCAGCUGCUAAACAAAAAAUAAAAAAAACAUUUACAUCUGUUUUUGGAUCUGUUGAAUGAUUCUUGUUGAGCUUCGAUGAUCUUCUUCAUUUCCUCCUUCUCCUCCUCUCCCUCAAGCACCUGCCAUGUCACACUGUUGGACUUGAUUUUCAAUUCCCCUUCAUGAGCCUCUUUGGCCUUAUCGAAUGCCUCCUUUGCAAUUCCAUCGAACAGGAGGGUGCCCUUGUUGAAAACAAAAACAAAUCAUUUUAACUACAUCACAUCACUUUGCAGAGUGUGAGAUAUGUGGGGUUGAGUUUUUUUUGCUUACCUCUUUGGCUCCUCUUGUAAAAUCCACCCACUUUAUCUUUCCAUGCCCAGAGAACAAUUCAUGGAAGUCUUCUCUUGAAACAUCUUCAAGCUCUCCUGAGAACUUCAACAAGCAACCCGUCUUUUCACUCAAAAGCAGACCCUGCAACAGAAAUGACAAAUUAAUACGUGUGCCCAGAGCCCAUCCGAGUUAGAGAGUGGACGUUUUUAAAUCACUUUUAAGGAUCUUACCAUCUCUUUGUCUUCUACUUGUUUCUGCUGGUCUUCCUUGUCCCUAAAUAAUAUUUUUUUGGGGAGAAGGGAGGUCAGUAAUUCUUCAUUAAAUGCACAGGAUGUUUUAGGACAGAAGGGUGUUGCUUGUGUACUCACUGUUUAGCCUUUGCUUUGGACUCUGCUUUGUAAUGUUUCCUCUCUUCUGCCUUCUUU